AUGCCCUGGCUCGGCCGCGUCUCGGCUCUCGCCCAGGCCUGGUUCCCCGGCCAGGAGUGCGGCAACGCCAUCGCCGACGUCCUCACCGGCGCCGUGAACCCCAAGGGUAGGCUCCCCGUCAGCUUCCCGGCGCACCUGAAGGACGCACCGGCGCACGGAAGUUUCCCAGGCGUGCGCGGCGCCGACGACAAUGUGCUCCGCGUCGAGUAUGCCGAGGGCGUGUUCGUCGGGUACAGGCACUACGACCGCGUCGGUGCCAAGGUCCUGAACUUCCCCUUCGGCCACGGCCUCUCGUACACAACUUUCGAAUAUGCCGACUUCCGGGUCGUCCGGAGAGGAGAUGCCACCGCCACGGACGGAUUCGAGAUCUAUGUCGACGUUUUCAACACGGGCCAGGUCGCCGGCGCGACCACCGUGCAGAUCUACGCUGGAAAGGAGGAGGGGACGGCGGACACGCCUGUCAAGGGCCUGGUGGCGUUUGACAAAGUGAGGCUGCAGCCUGGGGAGAGGCAGACUGUAAGGCUGGAGGCCUUGACCAAAGAUCUCCCCUCGUUUGACGAGGCAGAACGGCUGUGGAACGUAGAGGCGGGAGAGUAUACGUUCUACCUCGUCGAGUCCUCGGCCAAGACGAUACAAACCGUUUCCGUAGCUUUAGAGAGGAUCACGUACCAGCGGUGA